AUGCGUCUCUCCGCCACGGUUCUGCCGUCUUCACUGCCGUCCAAGCUCGGCCGCGCCGUGCUGGCGCGUCCCACAGCUGCAACUGCAUCAUCUGCAUCUGCAUCGUCGGCAGCUUUUGUCUUGUUGCCAUGGCGGUGGUCGUCGUCGGCAGCCCACCAUGUGCUGUCCGCGCCAUUGGUGCAGCGCUGUGCAGCCUUUCACCACACGGCCGCCGCACUGUCGUGUCGCCGCACCUUUUCCACGUCCAGCCUCCUGUUGCGGACAGACGGACCAGACGGACCAGACGGACCGGACAGGGCAUCUGGCUCCACGGGGCCCACGACGACCCCGGCGGCCGUCCUGGCGAAGCGCAAAGUCCGUUCGGCCGGCGCCAAGCAUUCGCUCCGUCGCGUGGCCGUGAUCGCGCAGCAGCAGCCGGAGCACGACUCCCAGCACGACCGCCAGCAGCAGCACAGCCUCCUAGCCUCGGCCGUCUCGGACGAUGGGCGCAACGUGAUCAGUGCCGUCUGCGUGGCCGAGUCGUUUGACAUGCACAAGGUCAUGGCCGCACUACAGGCGCAGGGCUACCAGCUGGACCCGGACGGCAGCGGCUUCGAGUCGCAUGAGGUGGUGCAUGGCCGUCGACAAUGGCCGGAUAGCGAGAACGAAGGUAGCUCCAGCACGCGCGACGUCGACCUGUUCGUCUUCGAGUCCGGCACCGUCGUUGGCUGGGGCCUGCCGCCGGAUGCCGUCGAUGCCCUGGCCACCGGCCGGCUCGUGGCCACCGGCUCGGCCGUCGACCCGUUUGUGGCCGAGCGCGAAACUGAGACGCUCGAGUUCCGUCGCGACGCCGCGCGUGACGGCAGCGCUAUGCGCGGCGACGUCGUCGUGCUCGGAACCAGGCGCGAGACCGCCGAUGGCCAUCGCCUCGCCACCACGCUCGCCAUGAUCGCCUUCUCGUCCGGACUCGCCCGCAGCACCAAGUUGGCCGUGCUCGAGAGCGCCUUUACCGACUACUUCGAGAGCACCCGUCGCAUUCCCGAGAUGCUCGCCAACCGCCGCCAUCAUCGUCGCCUUCGGCAGCCGUCUGUCCGGUCUGGUGCCCUCGCUGCUAUCCCUUGGCUCGGAUUCCGUGGCUUCGGCGGCCUCGGUCACCUCUCCCAGGACUUCAUCCUCCAAAAGACCGGCGAGCUCCUCAGCCUCCGUGCCCAGCUCAACCACUAUCGCGAGCUUACCGACGCCCUCCCCGACAUCUUCUGGGACGCUCGCGCUGAGCUCGGCCUCGAGGGCUACUACGAACAGGUCGGUCGUGCCCUCGACGUUGGCGUCCGCAUCAAAACCCUCAAUCAGAAGAUGGACUACGCCCAGGAAAUCGCUACCGUUUUGCGCGAAAUCUCCAGCGAGCGCCACGGCGCCCGCCUUGAGUGGAUCAUCAUCGUCCUCAUCACCGUCGAGGUCGUCUUCGAGUUGCGCCGCGUGUACCUUGAGUGGCCCGAGAAGAAGGUGUCCAACAACACCGACGAACUCGCCCUGUAA